AAAUUUACGUAACUUCACACGGUGCUGUCAAAAUCCUCUCGCGAGCAAGAAGGCGACUUGUGAAAAGUUUUGCAAUAGUUUGCAAAUAGAAGAUCUGUUCGGGUGUUCACAAAUUUCAACGAAAGCAGCAAUGUCGGCCGUAAAAAUCUUUUCCUUGGCCAAACAGAGCAGCCGAUUGGUUCGUCCGUCAGCGAUUUCGGCUGCCGCUAGGUGCUACAGUUCUCAACCAAAACCCGCGUCCAUUAAACCGGAAGAGUACUAUUAUGUGAACAACAAGGAGAAAAGCAUGGACAUGAACGACAUUACCGAUCGUGCGGCACAAACCAUCUUCUGGACGGAGCUGUUCCGCGGUGCCGCCGUUACGCUGGCGCACAUCUUCAAGGAACCGGCAACCAUCAAUUAUCCUUUCGAGAAGGGACCGCUCAGCCCACGGUUCCGCGGUGAGCACGCUCUGCGCCGCUACCCGAGCGGAGAGGAACGUUGCAUCGCGUGCAAACUGUGUGAGGCCAUCUGUCCGGCGCAGGCGAUCACCAUCGAGGCGGAGGAACGUGCCGACGGUAGCCGUCGUACAACUCGCUACGAUAUCGAUAUGACCAAGUGCAUAUACUGUGGCUUCUGUCAGGAGGCUUGCCCGGUCGAUGCCAUCGUCGAGGGGCCCAACUUUGAAUUCUCGACCGAAACCCACGAGGAGCUGCUGUACAACAAGGAGAAACUGUUGAGCAACGGCGACAAAUGGGAGUCGGAGAUCGCUACGAACAUUAACGCCGACUAUCUGUACCGCUAAUACGAUGCAUAAUACUUUGGGCAGUCCAGUCCCGUGGAUAGCAAAUAUGUAUGAUAACGAUUAAUUAACACUGAAAAAUAAAGCUUCACGGCUCAAGAACUGUAGCUGUCCAGUCAAUGAGAGACACGGCAUAGAGAACUUA